AUGCAGAACGUUCUUGUUUCCUUAGCGCUCCAGGCAAUGGAAAGAAUUCAGGGUCUGGAUGAGUUAGAAGUGUGCGAAGAAGUGGGUAGAGGGGCCUUUGGUGUUGUUUUUCGAGGAAUAAUAAAGGCUACCGGUCAGGAAGUGGCAAUUAAACAAAUCGAUUUGGAGAAUGAGCUGGCGGACCUUUUUGAAGUGAAUAAAGAAAUCCAGAUCUUGUCUGAGUGCCGUAUUCCACAAAUAACGAGAUACAUGGGCUGUUUUGUGAAGGGCUACAAACUAUGGGUUAUCAUGGAAUAUGUGAAUAGUGGUUCCUUAUUUGAAAUCUUGCGGCCAGGCCCAAUCACUGAUGAAAUGACAAUCAGUGUUAUUUCCCAUCAAAUUUUACUAGCUUUAAAUUAUUUACAUGAUCAGGGGAAAAUACAUCGCGAUUUGAAGUCUCAGAAUAUUUUAUUGAGUCAAGAGGGUGAAGUGAAACUCACAGAUUUCGGUGUAUCGACUCAACUCUACUCCAAUUUUUCUCGAAGAAAUACAACCGUUGGAACACCUUAUUGGAUGGCCCCAGAAAUCAUCUUGAGUAAUAAUGGCGGGCACAGCUACAAGGCUGAUAUCUGGUCUUUAGGCUGUUGCAUCUAUGAAUUGAGAACAGAAAAGCCGCCUUUGCAAAAUGAACUUGCACCCAUGGCAGCUCUACGACGAAUAUCUGCGUGCAGAAGCGACGAUGACUUCCUUCGUAUGCUCAAUCUAGAUAAUAUGUCAGACUUAUUGAAAGAUUUCUUAAAGAGAUGUUUUGUGGUUGACCCUGCAAAUAGACCUUCUGCCUCAAAACUUCUCAAGCAUAAAUUCAUCACCCAGUCUACGCGAUUGGAGAACGACUCUAAGAAAGUCCUACUUAAACGCCUUAUAACGCGUAAGUUGGUUUGGGCGCAAGAAAACCAUCAGCCAAAAACGCAGCGCUUUUAUGUCCCUACUGAGAUUGCUUCCAACCAGCAAAAAUGGCAGGACGCAGAGGGAAGCGAAGGAGGAAAACAGAAAGCAAAUACAAUCAAUUUUGAUUUUAGCACCAUUCAGGAUGUACCAGUUUUGAACAACCCAGACGUCCUUCUGUCAACUGCAUUACAUGAAAAUGAUGUAUCCCCAACUCCUUCAAGUGGAUCAAUGAACUAUAAGAAUGAACUCCCGCAAACAAAUAAAGCAUUGAAGUUAGAGCACAUCAAGCUUCUAAACCGUGUGUUUGCUAAGCUUGAGCUGAAAGUGAGUAUCUCCACCACUCAAUACGAUGAGCUUGUCACAUUGAAUCAGAAACUUGCAAACUUGUUUUCUCCCGUUCAGUACUCCGAAAAUAACCAAACAAGAAUUUUAAUUUGCCAGUACUUGAAGUACUAUCUCCGUGAACUUACGAAGCAUCAAUCAAAUGCAGAGACAUCAUCAUUAAGGCUCCAGUUGCAACGGGCUAUAAUUCCAUCGAACAUUCAAGUGAAUCACACAGCUUCGCUGUUGACGGAAAACUUCCCACGGAAGAACACGCCAUUGAAUCCUUUGGACGAAAUAGAGAACAGUUUAUUGGAGUCGUGGCUUGACAAGAUGGGUAAUUAUUAG